GGUUGGAAGUUAACGAGUAGAGCGCAAUACACGUCAGGGCUCUUAUUUUGAUUCGUGGAGGGGGCUCACCUCGAAGAAACGGGUGGCUGAGUCCGAAGGAUUUGCCAGGAAAAGAAGUGAAGGAUUAUAGGUUUGAUAAUAAUAAGAUUAAACAUGAUACAUGCUGAAAAUGGGGAUGUUGUAUAUUUGGAACAGUUAAAAAAUCCAAUGGAGAGCGACGCGACAGAGAAGGCAGUGUCAAAAAAGUGCGAGGGGCAGCUGUCUUCGAUAAAUGCAAACAGCUGUUCGUCCUACAAAGGUGCAAAUCGUUCGAUAGAAAUGGCGCAAGAGGACAAUAAUCUGUGCUGGAAUAACCUUCCCAGCAUCAUUCUACAGGAAAUAUUCUCAUAUUUACCAUACAACUGCCGGUUACGAGCCUCCCAGGUGUGCAAAAAUUGGAGAUGCGCUCUAUUUCAUCCUCAUUUUUGGAAAAAGAUCACAUUUGUCCUGAAAGAUGAAGACAGUGUAUCAUGGACUAGAUGCCUGGCAAGCAAUUUCGAACUUAGUGUGCAAGAAGUUACAAUCAUCUGUGAUAUAUCAAAUUAUUGUGCGAAAGAAACGUUAGCCCUCUUGAAAAAGCUAAGAUAUAAUAGGCAACUUCGUAAAUUGUUUUUGGAACCUGUCACUAGUACAUUCGAAUAUGAAGAUAGUACAAAAUGCACUAAAGCAUUGAUUUCUUCCCUUAUAAGCAUUAUAAAGAAAUCCGAUUGUUUAGAAGCUCUAAGUCUGGGAUGCAUAGAAGAUUUAAUAGGAAAUGCCAGACAAAUUGUGGUACAUUUGCGUAACUACCAGGCAAAGCAUUUGAAAACUCUUGCUUUGGCAUCUGUUAAGGAUGAUCCUGAUGAUUUUAACAUUUUCAAUGCUGGUUAUGGACAUCUGUUCGAUUCAUUUGCUAGAUUAUCUAUUUUAACAUUGGAUUAUGAGUUCCUAACCAAUUCUUUGCUAAAGGCAUUGGACAGUGGUACGAUGGAAAGGCUUGUAAUUCAUGUGCAUGGUUGGCAUUAUCAGUUUACGGGAACAGCUGACGGUAGUUGGCAAAGUUUUGUUCAAAAGAAUCCGAAAUGCGAGCUGCGACUAAAUCUUCUACAUUCUUAUGUUGGUAUUGAAAAAUUAGAUACAAAUAUACUUCGUCCUUCCAUGCCACUUACACAUUUAAAAGUACUAUUUUGUGAAAAUGUUAAUAUUAGAGCAUUGCAUCGAUUAUCCAGGUGGUAUUCGCUUACUUUAAAAUCUUUAAUAUGGAUUGAUUCAGUACAACCUGUAGCAAAAAGCAUACCAGCAACAUAUGACCCAAAUGAUCCUCAUAGCCCGGAUCCACUAGUAUUAGUUGCAUGGAAGUGUACCAAACUUGUGGAAAUUGUAUUCAUAGGCCACAAAUAUCAUCAAGAAAAUUUGUUGGCUAUUGCACGCCUACGCGGAGAUUCGCUUAAGUCGUUAGUAUUUGCACAAAGAUUCAUUUCAACUGAUGUUGAAUCUUGGCAUAAGGCUGAAGCUAUUACACAUGAAAUAAAAGAAAUAAUGGGGAGCCAGUGGAAACCAAUGAGCGAUGAAGAUUUACCUGCAGUUGUUAAAAAUCCUUUCGAAGGUGAUAGCAGGGAAGUUAUCAUGCCUUUGGUCCUCCAAGACCAAAAGUAAAUUUUUAUUUGCACCAAGGAAACAUUACUCCCCGAUACCAUACAUUACUAAUCGACAUCAUCAACAAUUUCUGGGCGGGCUACACUCUCAGAAGUAAAGUUAUAAAGUUAUAUCCUUUAUUUUUUUAUAAGAAUUGUUUUUACGAGAACUAUGGAUGUAACAUCAAAUGGUGGACAUGUGUAAAUUCGUAGUUUAAAAUCAGUAGUUGAUGGAUAUGUUGCCUAUCAGGUAAGGAUCACACAGUUCCAGUGUGUAAACAGCGAGGGUAAAAACGCACACAAGUUCUCCUUUAUAAUGAUUUUAUUAGUUCUUAUGAGGAUAUGAUAAGCUAUAGUUAAAAUAUGUCUUUCUUGAGUCCGUGAUGAGGUACCUAAAUUAAGUACGUAUCACCCCCUAUUUUUGUUUAUCGAAACGAAUAUCAAAGUAUUUCGUUGAUUUUUCUUACGAAAAAUCAUUUGUGGUGCAAUGACGUUUUAUUGCUAACAGUGGUGAUCCCAAAACGAUCAAAAUAAGAGAGAUAAUAACAAUUAGUGAUCGUUCCUCUCAUCGAUGAAUAUUAGUGAGAAAAAAAGCAUAUGUAAUAUACGAGUGUAAUAAUAUCCUUGAUAGAUAUUAAGAAUGAAAGCAUUACAAGACGAUCAAGGUCUCACCUAAACGGACCUUCGAUGUGACGUAUACCUGUUGAUAUCACGGGAAAAUAAUUUCGAAUAUGUGUGAAGGGGAAUACUACCAAUUAAAAUCAACGCGAAACAAGAAGAACAAGAUUAGAUGAGAGAAAGAACCGAUCUCACGAUGUUCCACUGGAAAGCGUAACGAAAUUCCAAAUGUAUGUAAGUAGAAAUAUGUUAACAAAUAUUUUUCCAAUUCUAUGGGAAAUUUAGAUCGAAGCGAGCGCCAAGAGCAUGCAGUGUAAGAAAAAGUAACUAAAUGAAAAAAAAUUAAAAUAUGUUGGACUUCGUAAAAAGAGAGUUUGCGAUUGAGUUGCGAUAAAACAAAAGAUGCACUCAGAAGUAUAAGAAGUCGAACAGCGAUCCGAGGUUAUUUUUAAUACCAAAACCAAUCGGACGCUCUUGUACAAAUAUUAAAUGAAUGUGUGCCGAGAAGAGUGCGGUUGAUUUGGUGGUACAAACAGUUAGACAUACAGCAAACACACAAUUUUUGUGUGUCGCUUCAGUAAAAAAAAAAAGAAAGAAAGAAAGAGAAUAUCGAUGAUAUUAAUGAAGAACUGUGCGACCUCCAAGUACCGUCUUUUCACCGUGCUCUUAGCGACCGCUGAAAACGAACACAAUUAUAGGUUUAUCUAUAAAAAACAAAUCAGAGGAAUUAGCUGCUAAUUGUGUAUGUGUAUAUGUAUGUAUAUCUGUAUUAUCUAUCGAACUUUAAACGUUAACAUUCAGAUGCCACAUGCAUCUAUUUCUGUCGUGCGAUUAAUAAUGACGAUUUCGAAGAUUUAAAAGAAACAUGAAAAUGAAAGAAAACGAUUCACAAACACAAAGAAUAAUACCAAAAUAGCACUCUUAUACAGUUUAUUAUUCUGAAAGGUUAUUUACUUUUUUCGAGUCCUUGUAUAAUUAUUAUAUCGUCGUGUACUUGUAGUCACGUGUACUAUUGCUUUUUAUAUGUGGUUCUGUACAUAUACAUCCAUGCGUUUAAAAUAUUGGACACGCGCAGAAAUCGCGGAGUUGCGCCCGAAUUUAAUGCAAGGAAAAAAAAGGAAAGUAAGAAAGAAGAAUGAGAUAAAGGGAAAAGCAAUAUAUAACGGAUUAUCUGAGAGAAAGAGAAAAGGACAAAAAUGAAUCGAUUGAGAGCUAGGCACAAAUAAUGAGAAAACUAUUUCUUUAAACAAUUUAAAACUGUUAUACAAAAUGAACGGGCCUUAACCCUCGAACUCGCGAACGGCGGUAGCUAGAUAAAUUCUGAUCCAUGCAAUUCAGUUACAUUAUUAUUAUUAUUAUUAUUAUUAUUGUUGUUGUUGUUGUUGUUGUUGUUGUUGUUAGUAGUAGUAGUAUUAGUAUUAGUAUUAUUAUUAUUUUUUUUUUCUAUACAAACAAAACAGCUAGAUCUUACCAUUUGUGUUUCCAAAUUAAAAGAAAACUCAAGAAAUGAUUGACUAUAAUAAUAAAUAUAAUAAUUAUGAUAAAAUUAUAGUAAAUUAUAACUAAAGAAAAUAGAUUAUGAAAGUAUCUUGUAGCACACCAUUUCACUACGAAGCAAAUGGAGUUAACGUUAAGUCAAGUUAACGAGUGUUUGUUUACUCUUUUCACUAUUUUGUUUUAUCAUUACAAAGUAAAUAUUUGAUGCUCGAGUCAGGAAUGAUCUAGCAACCGCCAAGCGAGGGUUAACAUGUAUCGCAUGUACCUGAGUCGCGGUAAGGAUAAAUCUGCCGAAAAAAAUUUGACACGCGACAGCCAUCACUGAAGAAUAUUAGUUACCUUAAUGGACAUUUUUCGGCGAUUUGUUGGAACACCUACUUGUUUCUCGCCAAAAAAUGACUGACAAGUUAAGGUAUAACUCAUGCCCUUUCAUUUCGUAUUCCAUGCGCGUGUAUUUUUUGAAGUCAGCAAAUUUUUACAAAACGGUGAAUCGACGGUUAUUCAUUAUCUAUAUAUAGAAAAAACAUUCUCGCGAACUCAUUGUUCGCCGACCAUUGACGUUGUGCGGACGGGCCAGAUGUUAUUUACAACGUCUUUUUUCUCUUUUCUUUUUUUAUUCCUCGUAUAUAUAUUUUUGUCGUUUUUAUUACUAUUACUAUUAUUAUUAUUAAUAUUAUUUUCUUUUUGUUUUUUAAUCAAACGAAGUCCCGCAUAAGCAGUAUAUACUCGCGGGCGCGGUGCCCGACGUGUGAGUCGAGAGAGAGAGAGAGAGAGAGAGCGAGAGAGAACAGUGUGAAAGAACAUAUGACGUUGUGAAAAUAAUGAUAACGUAUGAAAGAGAACGAAAUUUAAACGAGAAAAGAUGAGAUAUGCGUUCGGAUGUAAGAACGAAAGUUAUCCAAAUGAGUAAAAAUAGCAAGCAAACAAACAAACGUCAGGUGAUACGUAGUACCAUCUCUGCGAAUCCUGUGUACAAAGUCAUAUAGAAGAAGAAGACAAUUCGGUAUUCGUGCGGUCGCUUAACCAAAUGGACACAACCCAACUAUACGCAUAUAUAUCGAUAUAAACGCGAAUGACAAACCAAGCAUAAGACUGAACCUACUGGGAAAGGUAUAACCACAGUUAGGCGGUCCGCACGUCUAGCCAACGUCCGACCUCAUAUUCAUAAAACAAGGACGAUCCCGACUAAACGGAAAGCAUCGUUCGCGAGUCGCGUUGGAACGAAUUUGUUCACAUCGAUUUUACCUAUUGUCGAUAACGCUUGUCUCGAUGAUUGUUGCUCGUCUUUCCUUUCUUAGGUCUCUUAGCUUUCCGUCUUAGCUCGUGGCCCUCGUCGAUUCGCCCCCUGAUUGACUCACGCGGACAUCAAUUUAUGAAUAUGCGAGUCGUUAAGAAAAAUAAUUAAAAAGUAAAAAAAAGAAACAAAGGGGUGGUGCAUCAGCUAGUGUUUAGAUCGGAUAAGCGCCUCAUUGAAGAGAAAGAGAGAGAGAAAGAAAUAACGAAAGCUCACUCGAGGAUGGUUCUCGUAGCCGAUAAAUACUAACCUAUAAGACAGCCUGCCAAGAAUCAAAAUACUGUAAAAUAUCAAACGAACGCUAGCCAGUACAGAAUGCUAAGAUCUAUUUUUUAAGAAGCGAAUGUAUAUUUUUGUACUAAGGCAGGCCUUAGUGUGAAUCGUGUAUUCUUGCGCGUAAUGGCAAGACGAGAGCUGUGAUCAUAAUAUCAUUUUGGCUUAGCGAGAGAACAUACAAAGACAAAAAAAUUGAAGGGGAAAAUAAAAGAGGAAUACGAGAAGAAAAUAACAGAAGUAACGCGACGAUUACGCGUUCACGGAAAAAGCAUAAAGAAAGAGAUAAUGAGGCGAAUGUUCUCCUGCUAGCGUUAUUACCAAGUGGGCUAUAGAUACAAAAGGGGUGGCGAUAAAUCGAGAACAAAACAUCUGUGAUAAAACAUAAAAUCUUAGAAAGGGUGCUCGAGAGAAAGAGAGAGAGAGAGAGAGAGAGAAAAGGUGGCGAAAGAGAGGAAAUGAGAAAAAACAAGCGCGCGUUAAAUGAUAUAAUAAGAAAACCUAAAAUAGGAAAAAGCGUUAAAACAAAAUGCAACACAAUAGGGGGGAAUAAUAUAGGUAAACGACGGAACCCUACGUGUAUUAGGGAAAUGAUACGCAAGACAUGCAAUUCCUACAAAAGAAAAACAAAAUGUGUAUAGAAGUGCUUUUAGAAGAUCUAUUGUGCGAAAAUAAUAAUAUUCGUCGUGCGUAUGACUAAUCGACAGAUGGAGACUGUCUUUCGACGAGAUAGCCCGGUCUAACUAUUGUAGUGGUUACCGUCUUGUCGUAUCCUUGUUUAAGGAGCGAACGCAUUCGAUCGUCAUGUGGGUUUCGAUGAACGCUCGCGCUAUUAUCUCAACGAGAAACAUUCGACCGAUGGGAAAAACUAAUGAAGGGUUCUUGAUGUUUGCGAUUCUUCGAGUAAUAAGGAAAGCCAUACCAUACUAAACUAUAUAGAACGUUACUUAAGCGAACCAGACAUUCCACGCUACUGUCGGUUAUAUAGUAUCGCAACGCUGUAGUAUAUAUACAUAUAUAUACAUAUGUAUAGUUAAUUUAGUACUAUGAUUAAUUUCAAGCAAAGAAUAGUCGUUGUUGCGUUGAUUCUGUAAAAAGAUCUAAUGAUCUGUCCGCAGUCGACGUACACAUAUAUACGUGUAUUUCCAUCAAUUGUAUUCGAAGCUACGCAAAGAUCGUGGAACUAUACCAAGAACUAAAACAAACCCGCCUUCAUCAUGCCCACAUGAUAACAUAAAAUCAGGACGUCGUACACCACGAGUAGUAUUAUAAGUUCCUAAAGAAAAGAAAAAAAAAAAUAUUUUACACUGCUUAAGUACGAUAGAACGAAGCCGGCAUUACGAAUAACUCAUCUCGCACGAACAAGGUGUUCAAGGCAUUCGGUUCGAUGUAUGUAGUUCGUUAGAUGAUUCGUUCUGUUUUAUGGGAUUGUAAAACGCUUUUCAAACACAGCACCAGUAAUGUUUUUCUUUUCUUGUCUUUUUUUAUAUAUACAUGUAUAUAUAUAUAUCUAUCUCUCUAUCUAUCUAUAUAAUAUAUACAUAUAUGGAUAUAUAUGAAUAUCUAUAAUAUAUAUAUAGGUAUAUAGAUAUAUAGAUAUAUAUUAUAUAUAAUUUACAAGUACGUGUAUAAUCCAUUCCAAUCGAACGAGGCGGGCGUUAUGGAACGUAACGGUAAAAAUGUAAAAAUUGGAAAGGAUGGUUCCGCAUUGGACGAAGAAACUAAACAGGAUAAAACUUUCGCGAAAGGCAAGGAAAUAUUAUAGUAUGUGUGUAAAUGGUAUCGUUCAAACGUCGUGUAUAUAUAUAUAUAUACACACACAUAUAUAUAGAUAAACAAUGAACGACACAUAUAGACCGAUAAACUCGAUAGAUAACAUGAAAAACGCGGGUUAAUAAUUUUACGUAACGUUACUAUAUAUAUAUAUAUUCUCGGUUAUUUUAUUACCGCCGUCUAUUUCACUAUAAAAGUUGAAUCGUCUUGAGGUUUGUUCGAGAAUCCGCACUGUGCAAUAACCGACAUAGACGACAAGGAGAGAGAAACGAUAUUCCGUAACUCCUCAUUCGAUACGUAACAAGUGCUUAGAAGGAUAUUUACCAAAACGCAGUGUUAGAUAUUUGUAUAUAAGUUAAUAAGGGCUGAGGUAAUAAAACGCGAGCAAGCUAUUUUUUAUCGUUGGAUCGCGAGAUAAGGCGGAACGAACUCCGCCGAUAAAGUAUCUUCCAUGAGAAUAAAAGAAGAGAGAAACAUUUGCGAAGUAAAAAAAUUAAGAAAUUAGAAAACAAACAAACAUGACUGGGCCCAAAAUAAACGUCGCCGUGUUAUAUUUGUUCGUGAAUUAAUUGAAGUCCUAGCUCUAUAGACGCAUGUAUAUGUACCAAAAAGAAAAGAAAAAAUUUGUAAGAAAGAAGGAAAGAGAAAAAGAAAAACACAUACGAUGUGAUUAAGGAUUUUUAAUCACGGUUAUUGUGUUUACUAAAUUGGGAUUUCGAAACUGGAUAAUGUUAAGCUCUGUCUGCACUGAAGCAAGAAAGAGGAACUCUUUUUCGUCCUUUGUUAUUGCGUGUUGCAAAAUAUUUUCAACGAACAGCAACAUUACAAAAAUAUUUUGUUCACACUGAAGCGAUAUUCGACAACAAGCAGCGACUUUCCCAAGAGACAAAAACAGUAAUAUAAAAUUCACCGUUGUCGCUUCAGUGGAGACAGGGCUUUAUAUGACGCGUCUCACGCCGAACAACGAUCACCCUGAUGCCGGAUCGUUCAAAUUCGAUUUAGUUUCUACGUUUUGCAAUGUGUCGGGUCAUUCUCCCCGUCGAUAAUAGUCGAGAAAGUACGAAACUCAAAACCGUUGUAGCAUUUUAUCAGUUACAAUUAACAAUAUCCCGUGCACUAAAAUACUUACAAGAAUGCACAUGAAAGACCGUUAGCCGAUGGGAUAACGUUAUCUUGACGCGUUUGACACGUUAUUAACCGCGUAACGCUCGAAAAAUUUUUCAGCGGAGUAUAGAAUUAUCGCUUCGCGUCGUAUGAACAUAUUUCCCUGGCUCUUGAUGCCAUAGCGCCUUCGGAAUUCACCGCUCGCUGAUGUUUUAUUCCGAGAAAAAAAAGAAACGCUCGAGAUCGUUUCGUAUUGAUGAUCCAAAUAUACUUUUCAACGUAAAACAGUGCUCAAUCGGUUUCGUUCUCAUCGAAGCGAGCUUGCAUCGGUGUCGCGUCAGCGUUCCAUAUUUAACGAGACAAAAUAAUGUAUAGUUUAGUAGUGCGUUACGAGAUAGCGUUUAGUUUAAUCUCUCUGUUGAGAUAUAGAUCGAUUCUUUCGUGCAAUAUCGCGUCUAUAUACAAAUUUGCAUUUUCAAUUAUAUUCAGGGAUUUGAUCUAUUUUUCGUCCGGUUAAUACUUAACCUAUUAAGGACCAAAGUUGGGUUAACGUAAUGUUUUAUAUUUAUAAUUUCUAUUUAAGCAAUUCAUAUUAUUAAAUUUCAUCCAAUGCACAUUGCAAUUAUAAAAAGAAGUUUCACGAAUUUGCUCGAUAUAUUUUUCGUUGCCAUUUUUUCUUCCAUAUAUAUAUAUACACGUAAAUCCUAUAAUUUUGUAAGAUUUAAGGAAAGUAAAGUGUUUUAUAUUACUAUAUGAUAAAUUAUUUUGUUUAAAUUAUAGAAAAUCCCUUGGUGGGGAGAAUAAUUUACCUUAUUUGUGCUUUAUAAUAAUGUUGGUUUACACAAUUUCAACACAUUAUUUUUCUACUUGGUUCUUAAUCGGUUAAUUUCACUACGUUCCGCAGGGGGCAUGUCCAUAGGAAUAUCGCUUCUAUUGCGUACUUCGGGUGUAAGUCUAUCUAAUUCUUCCUUAUAAGGACGCGUUUAACGGCGUAUAUUGUACGAUUCCAUUGCGGUUAAUAGUUUAAUCGGUUUCGCCGCGGUUUUUUAACAGUGCAAUGUACGCGUGCUACACGUCCACCGCGUGCGAGUUAAAGUGUUAAAUCGGACAUUCUCUUCGCGUGAUUUCAGACAAAGGGAGAGAUAGACCGAAAAAACACGAUGGUUACCAUGUUGAAUGCCACGGAUAAUAUCGUGGCCUCUGUCACACUUUUUUAGUCGUCGUAGGCACAACGUGUUUCGAACCCAUUUAGUGCACUUGGAAGUUUCUCACGUAGAAUUCGAUACACUAUUGUAAAAGAAAAAAAACUACGUAUAACUUUGUAAAUGUUCUCUCCAAAUAUGUUCAACAAAAAAAAAAAAAGAAAGAAAAAUGAAGUUGAAUAUAUACAUAUACCUCGAGCGAAGAAUUCGUUCUUCGGUCGAGCAUUGAUUUUUUCGUAAUCUCGGUGUUUCAGAGGUUAAUGUUUAUACAUAGUAACGACAUAUAUGUGUGUAGUUGAAUAACGUUUCGAUCGAGUUAAAACAGUAACUCGUAAAGUGCGUAAAAACAGUGACUCGAUGUUGUAUCGCGUUAGAAAGAUGAAUGCAACGGUGUUUGGAUUUGCUGUUUUCGAGACUGAACGUGCGAUAUCUAAACGCGUCAAGCGAGCCCUGUCUAGUGCACCUGUUCCAUUAUUUUCUUCCGCGUUGUUGAUGACAUUCUCCAAUCUCAAGUCAUUGAUUUCUAACACGUAUUUCGACGGUUCUUAUGUUUUCAAGAUAUCUCGGAAGAAAGAGCAUGACACGCGUAAUGCAAUACCACACGCUUAUUUCUUCUUUGGUAUUUCAACUUUAUAUUCGAAUUAUUCGUUUCCCUUUUAUUUUCCAAGUACAGUAGGAUCCCCUAUAACACGAAAGAUACGUUCUGUAUUAUAUGAGACUCAAAGCGUAAAAGGUUAAAAUUAAAUAAAAAGUUUUUUGUUUAAUAUAAUAGAAGAUAAUAUGUAUUUUAGUUUAUUUUGAAACAGUAAAGUUUUCUUCAUUAUAUGUAUGGAACGUAACUUAAAAUAAAAGUGUAGGUGAAGUUAAAAUUUUAUCACUUUCAGAAUCACUUAAAAUUAAUUUCGACAUCGCUUUUUGAAUAUUAGUAAUUUUUUCGUCGAUUAAAUUUUUUUUAGUGUCAGGAUUUGUAUUUUUUUUAUUGUAAACGUUUUUUCUGGUACUCUUUCCUUAAAAAGUAUUUCAUUUUGUUUUCAUUCUUAUUUUCUAAGUUAUGUUAUACAAGGGCAGUAGCAAUUUUUUUAUCACUUUAUAUGGUAUCCUACUGUUUUUGGUUCUCCUAACGAAUCUUUCUUUCAUGAUAUCGAUUCAACAUCGAAUUUAGGUAACGUUUAAAGAAUUCGUAGAGUGUAUCAACGUGUGAUUCGCGGAAAUAAAUCAAAUGUAACGCGAACAACUUUAUUUUUUGCUGACGCGGUAAAAAUCCAAUGAAGGUUUAAACAGGGGCAAGGGUGGGAGGAAGAAAAUCAAAGAAAGUCUCCUUUUACUGUUACUUGCGAUUCGUCGCGAAAUGUUGUCUAAAAAGGAACCAAUCUCCAUGUAAUAUGUAUCUCUACGUAUUAAUAUAUAUAUAUAUAUAUAUACUUAUAAUCGCUAUUGUUUUUCUUUUUCCAAGCUAUUUUAUUUGAUGAUACGAAGCUGGCAAAGAAAAUGUGUAUGUGUGCGUGUGUGUGUGUGAACGAUGCUUACGAGACGCUUCUUUCGAGUCCUCAAGGUCGUUGCUUGAAUUUAACUCGGCAAAUCGAUUACAAAACCGACUUUGCGUUUACGCUCGUGUUUUCCGUGUGUAAUCGAAACUCGUAGCGCCGCGAACGAGUGGUAUCGUAAACAUCGGUGUGUCUCUAUUAUUAAAGUCGUCUAGUAUUUAUUAAACGACGUUUCUAAAAUCCGGAUAAGAAGAGAAGGAAACUUGUUGUAUAUCGGAUUAAAAAUGAAAAUGAAACGGAGUUCCAUUACUUUUUUCUUAAUACUUUUUUCUAUUCAUUGAACAACAGAUGUUAUUUACGCUUCAUACAGUUGAACUCUCGCUGCCGAGCGUCCAGUGUUCAACCUAAGCUCAUGUCACGAAUUCGACUUUUAAAGUAAACCAUGAAGAGGGUAUUUAAUUUCCAAUAUCUUCUCAAUAGAAUGCGGAUUUUCAUGGAAGUUUAUGAAAAAUUAAAAUAAUAGAUGUUUGAUAGAAAUUUGUUUCGCUCAUUAAAUAUUAAAUAUGACGAUUAACUAUAAUUUGAAUGCCUUAUGUAUUUUUACGUAUUACAUGAAUUCUAUGCAUUUUGAUAUCUCCAAGCUUUCUAUGAGUGCACAAACAUCCGCAAUCUACUUUUCAGUAUGUAAUUAUUUUUUGUAAUCGAAAAAAUAUUACAAAAUAUGUCAAACAAUACUCAGGGUGCUGUAUCGUAGCGAGAGAUUCGAUUCUUAUGGCGUUAUAAUAUGUAAGGUACAAAACGAUUGGACGUGUCUCGAUGCAGGAGACAUUAUUGUAUUCGCUGUCCAUAUCUGCCGAACGUCAAUGGGCGUUUACUGCACGCGCCGAUCGGCUCGAAAUUCUUGCCUCCUGCGAACCGUUACGAGAACGCGCAUUUCGGCACCGAGAGAGUCUAUACACCUAAUGGAACGCCGUGGAAAGUGAAUCAAUACGAAUAGUGGAAGAUGCAAAAGAGCCAUGUAACUCGAAGUCGAUCUUAACACGUUAGCUGCCACGGUGGUCAUCGAUGACCCACGUUUUACUAAACUUUUUAGAAUGAUUAAGAUAAGAUAAGUUUCAUGGAUUUUCAGCAAAGUUUCAGCAAAUUUUCAACAAUGUGAAUGGUUUAGAUAACAUUAUCAGAAAAAGGUACACAAUUACAAUGUAUGUAACAUUUUUAAAAACUUGAAUGUUAUGGUUAGACCGGAUUUUUAUGCAAAUUUAUAUUUUUGAGAAUAGAAUUAAAAAAGUAAAACCUCGGUAGAAAAUUGUUUUACCUACAAAGUAUUACAAAAAACACUAUACUUUGGAUAUUUUAUAUAUUUUUUCAUGUUAUGUACAUUUUGUGCAGUUUUUAACUUUCAAAUUUCUUAUAGGUAAACGCAUAAAAAUUCACAAUUAUAUUUUCUAUGUAUAGGUAUAAUUAUGGUGUGUUGCAGCUCUCAACUUAAAAUAUAAUAUAGAAUUCGCAUGGUAGUCAACGUGUUAAUCCAGUCAACAAAGCAUUUUUAAUGGAUAGUGUAUUGAACUCAUUAUUCGUGAGACACGAGUUACAUAGAUAGGGAGAGGAUUUUUCAUUGCAACAUUUUGAUGUUGAUAUCGUAUAAACGUUGCAAAAUGAAGUUCGCUGUCCUCGACCUUUCGCGGUCCUACUUCUCUGUUUUUUGCACGUGAAAAACUCGUUUCCGCUGUAGUUCACAUGGCAAUGUGGGAAACAGAAAAAGGAAAACAAGACGAAAACCCAUCGUGCCUCACGGUUACCUUACGAGCGUAAUAUAGAAGGAAAGUGUAUAGGAUAGGCACGCUUGUUUGGAGCAAUUAAUACCCAGGUACAUGUAUUCCGACUAUCGAUGUGUAUAUAUAUAUGUAGCCGCGGAACGUUCGCGAAGCCGACUAUACAUUCGUCGGUAUUCAACGUGGUACCUGAUUUUGUAACAUUCUCUUCUUCGUGCGAUCAACUUAGUGGCAAAGUAGGCGGAAUUAUUAUUGGACAACGGAAAAGUCGACACACAUCUCGACAUGUAUACAGUAGCUUACCAUAUUUGAACAUUUAGUAUGGAAAACUUUUAUGUACAUGCUAUAUCUGUUACAUAAAACAUUUUCAAAUUUCAUUAUCACUGAUAUCAUAAUGAAACACGGCUGUCAUGAUUGUAUUGGUAAAAUUAUUGAAAUCAAUCUGAAAAUGUAUAUAGAAGUUACAAAAUAUCCAUUAAUUUAGAAUAAUUUAAAUAAUACAUUAAAUAAUACCAAAAUAAUACUGAAAUUGGUUGUUUAAAUACCUUGUGACCUUUACGAAAUAUGUAUAUACUUAUAGGUUUUAUGUACAUUUUCAGAUUUGUUUUAUGCUUUACCAAUAUAGUCAUGAUCAUCGGACCUCAUUACAGUAAUGAAAUUUCAGAAUACUUCAUACAUACAUAAUGUAUUCAUAAAAGGUUUCUAAAAGUGAACUAUUAUAAGCAUAUACAUAUUAUAUUAUAUGUAGAGAUACCCGCACACGAACUACAUAUAUGUAGAUAUCACACACACACACACACACACACACACACACACACACACACACACACACACACACACACACACGUACGCGCAUAUGUGUUCACCAUAUUAUCCGUUUUUCCAUUUUCGUAUUCCGGUAAAACCACUUCAAAGAUGCAUACGAAUUAGGGAAGCCGGGCAAUAAACAAAUAUCGAAAUAUCAACUGUAUAAAUAUAAAUUUAUAUGUAUAUCUUUACUUGAGAAAUAUUUUCUUUUUGAAGAAAAUUUUUUUAGAUAUUCAACAUUUUUUAUAAUAUCGUUAAAAUAGUGAAAGAUACCGAUUUUUGUCGAAUUCUCCGCUUGCCCGUAUGUCUGUUCCACUCCUGUUGAGCGACAUAGAAUGAUGAUAAAGUAAUUUGCAUACGGUACGUUCCUUUUUGAAAAUACGUACUUUUAUUCCUCGAUUCGUUUUGUAAUCUGUUGCAGCGAAGUAUGUGUAUUUGUAAAUACUCGUGUAUUGCGCCUGUUGUCCUUCCGAUCAAGCUACAACGCCAACUUUUCCUAUCAUUCGUGACAGAAGAGUUUCCAUCUUCGUGUUCCUGAAAGUGUACCUUUCUUGUACUGAAAAGGUAUAUUUCGAGGAGAAGAACCGGAACUGAUCGUUGGAACAUUUGUCACGAACGAUUUGAGAAUCGAUCAUUCGUAACACAGCUGUAAUUGUCCACGAUCAUUAACGACUGCCCAUUUCUGUUGUUCCUCAUCUUUUUCUUUCGUACGUGGACUACAUAACCUCCGAACAAGCAUUUGUAACAUACAAAACUGUUAAUAUCGUCGCGUAAAAGAAAAGAAAAGAAACAAAUAUCAGUAUUCUUUCAACUUCAACAUCCCGUAGAAUUGUACGCCGGUCUAUGAUUUAUACACUACUUCUUUGAUUAUAGAAAUCAAAUGUUUUCGCAAGUAUCAAUCAAUUUUUAAAAAUGUAUCGAUCGAUUAAUAAAUUGUGCAUGGCAUAAAGUGA